CUAAGUUGGCAACAGUGUAAAUAAGUGGGUGACGUGCCUGUGCCAACUCGUAGAAUUGUUAUUAUUUGUAAAUUGAAAAUAGGCCGAGUGCCGUGGCAAGUGACAACAAAUGCGCUAAGCAUCUGCAAACAAACAGGAGAGCAGAAGCAGCAGCAGAGAGAGGAGAGCGGAGUAAGAGGAGAAACCAAAAAAGAUGGGCAUUAACGUCAGCAGAAAUGCCGACCUGGCGUCAAAUGAGAUUCUUCUGCGGUUUGUGGGACGCCAGCACAUAGCGCACGACGAUGAGGCCUACUGGAAUGGUCUGCUCAAUUACAACAUCGUGAUGCCUGAGAACAGUCAGGAUCAGCUGAGUCUGGACUCUCGAAUGGAAACGCUGUGUCAAUCCUUUAUUGUUAACAAUCUAAAGACGGGCAAUCUUGGCUCUCUGGUCACUGUGUUUCUGGAGAAGGCCACGGAACUGCUGUCGCUGUCCGAUCAGGAGAGCAAUAUGCAUGUGUGGCAAACAUUCAAUGCUCUAUAUAUCAUACGCACACUGAUAAAGUAUAUCAAUGAAACUGGCUCAGAGUUUCAGCUGCUGCAACACUUUGAGGCCAUGCCCAGCGCCGAGCUGCUAAAGGCUGCGGAGGAGCAGCAGCAGCAGGAAAGUGCCAGCAUUGCUAUUGAGGCUACCGAACAGGCAACACUGGCACCGCUUAUUGUCGAUGGCGCCAAGUUUGAAACCUUCAUCGAUGCCUUGGUGAACCUGAUUGUCGUCAUACCGGUGAAGGAGUUCACCUACCAUCUGCAUCUGGAGUCGGUCAAUACGCUAAUCACAUUGCUGGCAGUCCAUUUGUUUGCCCAGCAGCAGCAGCAGCAGUCCACGGAUAAUAAAUCCAUUGUCUUUCGCACCAUCUACAAGUGUCAGCAUGCGAAUGUGCUGAUGUCGGCGCUUUUGCAUUUUGUGGCACGCAUGGUGGAGGUGCCACACACCAUGUUUGGGUCCAGUUCGGCGGGAUCCUUUGUCUUUGGCAUUGCCGAGUCGCUGCUGUCGAUAUUCACGUUUCGCAAGCAGCAGGAUGUCCUCAAGACAACGAGUGCCACUGGCGCAGAAUUGUCCCAGCAAUUUCAAACGCACUAUCCUCUGGCCAAUCAGAGUCUGUUGCUCAUAUUGAUACUAACCAAUCAUUGCACAGCCCAGGAUAAUGCCUAUCGCACUAGCUUGUUUGGUUGUGCCGAUUCCAAGGAUUCACCUAAGCAGGGCAGUGGUGCCGUCUCCUUUCAGAUUGACUUCUCGGCUGUCUACGAGACACUGUGCCGCAUUGUGACCAUUAAUCAGGCCACGUUGCUGCUCUAUUUGCUGUUGCAUCGCAACGAACGAUUCUAUAGAUUUGUCAUGCAGCAACAGGAUCUCGAGCAGCUGGUUAUACCCAUACUACAGACGUUAUACAAUGCACCCGACAGCAAUUCACAUCACAUUUACAUGUCGCUGAUUGUGCUGCUCAUUCUCAGCGAGGACGAGGGUUUCAACAAGAACGUGCACACGAUUCUGCUGAAGAACAUCAGUUGGUAUACGGAACGCACCAUAUCAGAGAUAUCGCUGGGUGGCAUACUUAUCCUGAUCGUUAUCCGUACAAUUCAGUACAACAUGUUGAAGAUGCGUGACAAGUAUUUGCACACCAAUUGCUUGGCUGCUUUGGCCAACAUGUCCGGCCACUUCCGUUCCCUACAUCCGUAUGUGGCACAGCGUUUGGUAUCGCUAUUUGAGACGCUGGCUCGCAAACAUACGCGCCUGGAUGCUCAGCUGAAGGAGCCGGCAGAUAGCGCCGUAUUUGUCAAUGUAUCAACAACGCCCGAGGACAUGAUGCAGGAUUUAAGUGUGCUGGAGGAAGUGCUGCGCAUGGUAUUGGAAAUCUUGAACUCCUGCCUUACAAAUCAACUGGUCUACUGUCCCAAUCUCGUCUACACGCUACUCUACAAGCGCAGCGUCUUUGAGGGCUUCCGCAGUCAUCAUGCGUUCCAAGAUGUCAUACAGAAUAUUGAUAUGGUGGUUGGCUUCUUCUCCUCACGUCUGCAACGUGUGCAAGAGCAACGUGGCGAGCUGGGAGUGAAUGAAGUGCUCGAGGUGAUAUCAAAAGGUGCCAGUCAAUGGUCCAGCGAUCGCCUGCGAAAAUUUCCGGAUCUGAAGUUUAAAUAUGUCGAGGAGGAUGCACCUGAGGAGUUCUUCAUUCCAUAUGUGUGGACGCUGGUCUGUAAAUACGGCUGCGUGCACUUCAGCUCCGAGAGCAUCAAGAGUGUCACCACGGAUAUCGCCUGCUAAUAUAAGCUCCUCCCCCCUCUUAUGUAUCCACUCGCCGUACCGCUUUUAUUUGCUUCUUAGUCUAUGUCCUAAACAAUUAUGUGUAAUCCCAGCUAUACAAAAGGGAGCCCGGCUCGCUCCGUUUGCCUAAUCCAUUAGAAUUCAAGCCAAAUGGUUAAAGCAUAAGCGAUCCAAUUACAAAAACGUUGACGUUAAAGUAUCCUCCCCAUGAACUAAUGAUAAUACAUAGAACUAGGCUGCAGAGCAUAAUAGAAAUCAAUAAAAAAUAUAAAAUGAUAUAAUAAUAAUACAUAUUUUGCUACCGCUAAUAACAGUUCAGAUAGUUGAGCACAACUAAAGCUCCGAGAUAACGAUUGUACUAAUCAAGAUAGACAGCAAAACGAUAUAUAUAUUAAAAAUAAAUUAAAUUACAAA